AUCCCAGACUUGCUACCUGAGAUCCCACAUUUAGUCCUAAGAGGGCAGCGCUGGCAACCCCACCCCUGGGUCCUGGGAGUUGAACACUUUCUGCAACAUCUAAAUUCCAGGGCGGGUGUAGUAAAUAAUCAAUUCCAUUAUUUGGUGCCUGCGUACAUUUCCUUGGAAUGUUGGACCCACCACCCGGGUGUGAGUAUGUAUGUUAGUUUUCCUUCGUUUCCUGGGUUCAGCUUGGAUUUUUUUUCCUUCCCUUGGAAGCUGAGAGCUGGAGUUCUAGGGACUUUUACAGCUUUUCCCAAGCUAAUCUCUUUAGAAGACCCGCUAAGCAGACGGGAGACCGUAGAGCCUGGAUGAGCAGUGUAGUGGGGGCAGGGAGGAAGGGAGUGGCCGAGUGUCUGCGGUCUGCUGGGAGCCGGCGGGUCCAGGGGCGAGCGGCGGGCUGGAGCUGGCCGCGCGGGCAGGGAUCGCUCUCCAUCACCUGGGUGCGGAAUUGGUGCGGGACUCGCGGAGCAUUCCCCCUCCCUUUUCCUCUCUUCCCCCUCCCCUCCUGCUUCCUUUUCCCUCCCCCUGGAGCAGCCGCCGCUGCAGCCGCAGGAAGCGGAACGCAGCUGAACGACUCCGAAGCCCCCGGAGGAGCAGAGAUGUGGGGAGUCCAGCGGGGGCGGCCGAGCCCGGAGCCCUUAGGAGGAUCUAGGAGGGGAGCGGUCCCCGGCGUUUGCUAGCGCGCGAUCUGUAGGGAAGCUGCGCAGGGUGGCGCGAGCCGAGGCGGAGGCGGGGCCCGGGCGGCAAGCGCGGCUGGGGCGGCUGCUGCCUCCGGCCCUGCCCCGCAGCCUCCGGCGGCGCGGUGGGUGGCUAUGGAGCCGGCGGGCACCAGACCUUGGGCCACCCAGCAUCUGCGAGUCCAGCGGCCCAUUCCCUGGCUGUUGCUGUUGCCUUUCCUGCUGCUGCUGCUGCUGCCGCUACCGGGCCCAGCGGCCUCCCAGCUACGGUACUCGGUGCCGGAGGAACAGGCUCCAGGUGCGCUCGUGGGCAACGUGGCCAACGCGCUGGGGCUGGAGCUGCGGCGUCUGGGACCUGGCUGCCUGCGCAUCAACCAUUUGGGAGCACCCAGCCCGCGCUACCUGGAGCUGGACCUGACGAGUGGUGCGCUUUUCGUCAACGAACGCAUAGAUCGGGAGGCGCUGUGUGAGCAGCGGCCUCGCUGUCUGCUCAGCCUGGAAGUGCUGGCGCACAACCCUGUGGCGGUGAGCUCUGUGGAAGUGGAGGUCCUGGACAUCAACGACAACUCACCGCGAUUCCCGCGGGCAGACUACCAGCUUCAGGUAAGCGAAUCGGUGGCUCCCGGGGCGCGCUUUCACAUAGAGAGCGCACAGGACCCCGACGUGGGAGCCAACUCAGUGCAGACCUACGAGCUCAGCCCCAGCGAGCACUUCGAGCUGGACCUUAAACCCCUGCAGGAGAACAGCAAGGUGCUGGAGCUGGUGCUGCGAAAGGGUCUAGAUCGCGAACAGGCAGCCCUGCACCGGCUAGUUCUUACUGCCGUGGACGGGGGCGUCCCUGCUCGCUCGGGCACAGCCCAAAUCUCCGUGCGGGUACUGGACACCAACGACAACUCUCCCGCCUUCGACCAGACCACUUACCGUGUGCAGCUGCGGGAGGAUGCGCCCCCAGGUACUCUGGUGGUGAAGCUGAAUGCCUCUGACCCGGAUGAGGGCUCCAAUGGCGAGCUCAGGUACUCGCUGAGUAGUUACACGUCAGACCGGGAGAGACAGCUCUUCAGUAUAGACGCUAGCACUGGGGAAGUGCGAGUCAGUGGGGCGCUAGAUUACGAGGAGGCCUCCUCCUACCAGAUCUAUGUGCAGGCCACCGACCUGGGUCCAGUGCCCAUGGCAGGACACUGCAAGGUGCUGGUGGACAUCGUGGAUGUGAAUGAUAACACGCCAGAAGUAGUGCUCAGGGAUCUGUACAGUCCCGUGUCUGAAAGUGCCACCCCAGAAACCAUCGUGGCUGUUCUCAGUGUCAAUGACCAAGAUUCAGGCCUGAAUCAGCAAGUGAGCCUGACGGUGGACGCCACGCUGCCUUUCCGCCUAAAAGGCUUUGGGAACCCCUACACCCUGCUGGUGAGCGGCCCCCUGGACCGGGAGCGUGUGGCCGCCUACAACAUCACAGUGACAGCCACUGAUGGUGGAGUGCCACAGCUGACGUCCCAGCGGACCCUGCAGGUGGAGAUCUCGGAUGUCAAUGACAACCCCCCAAGCUUCCUGGAAGACUCCUAUUCCAUCUAUGUCCCGGAGAACAAUCUGCCAGGGGUGUUGCUGUGUACAGUGCAGGCCACUGACCCCGACGAGAAGGAGAAUGCAGAGGUGACCUACUCUCUCCUGGACAGGGAGAUUCAAGGGCUGCCAGUCACCUCCUAUAUCUCCAUCAACAGCGUCAGUGGCAGCCUUUAUGCUGUCAACUCCUUUGACUAUGAGAAGUUCCGGGAAUUCUUUGUGACUGUGGAGGCCCAGGACAAGGGGGUCCCGCCAUUGAGCAGCACUGUGAUCGCCAAUGUCUAUGUGGUAGACGUGAACGACCAUGCCCCUCGCAUCCUGUACCCUACCUCAACCAACACAUCUGCAGCCAUGGAGUUGGUGCCUCGAACAGCCCCUGUUGGCUACCUGGUCACCAAAGUCAUAGCCAUGGACUCCGACUCUGGGCAGAAUGCCUGGCUCUUUUAUCAUCUAGUCCAGGCUUCUGACCUGGACCUCUUUAUGGUCGAGCUGCACACGGGAGAACUCAGGACUACCAGGAAGGUGGGCGACGAGAGUGGCACCACUUUUAACCUGACCGUGGUGGUCCGAGACAAUGGCGAGCCAUCACUGUCAUCCUCUGUGGCCAUUACAGUCGCUGUGGUGGACAGGGUGUCCAGAAUCCUCCCGGACACGCACAGACAUGUGAAGAAUCCCCGGACACCUUCUGAAAUCACACUUUACCUAAUAAUAGCAUUAAGCACAGUAUCUUUUAUAUUUCUUUUGACAAUCGUUGUUUUAAGUAUCAUCAAGUGCUAUCACUACACUGCCUAUGGCACUACUUGCUGCGGAGGAUUCUGUGGAGUGAGGGAGCGGUGUCCUGCGGAACUGUACAAACAGGCCAACAACAACAUUGAUGCCAGACUGCCCCACGGCCUCAAAGUGCAGCCUCACUUCAUUGAGGUGCGGGGGAAUGGCUCCCUCACCAAGACUUACUGUUACAAGGCCUGUCUAACAGCAGGCUCAGGGAGUGACACUUUCAUGUUUUACAACACAGGCGCCCAGCCAGGACCAGGGCCUGGGGGUGCCCAAGCAGCCGUGUCGGACAGCAGGCAUCUCACAGGCCAAAGUGGGCAGAGUGCUGGAAACCUGAUUGUUCUUAAAAACGAGGCUGUUUCUCAAAAUGAGCCACGGCAGCCCAACCCUGACUGGCGUUACUCGGCCUCCCUGCGAGCAGGCAUGCACAGCUCUGUGCACCUGGAGGAAGCUGGCAUUCUACGGGCUGGUCCAGGAGUGCCUGAUCAGCAGUGGCCAACGGUAUCCAGUGCAACACCAGAACCAGAGGCGGGAGAGGUGUCCCCUCCAGUCGGUGCUGGCGUCAACAGCAACAGCUGGACCUUUAAGUAUGGACCAGGCAACCCCAAGCAACCCGGUCCCGGUGAGUUGCCAGACAAAUUCAUUAUCCCAGGAUCUCCUGCAAUCAUCUCCAUCCGGCAGGAGCCUGCUAACAACCAAAUUGACAAAAGUGACUUCAUAACCUUCGGCAAAAAAGAGGAGACCAAGAAAAAGAAGAAAAAGAAGAAGGGUAACAAGACCCAGGAGAAAAGGGAGAAGGGGCACAGCACGACUGACAACAGCGACCAGUGAGGUCCCUGGAUGGAAACAAGCCACUUAGCCCAUUUUUGUAAUCAUGGCAAAUCUCUCCUGGGUAGCAACCCCCCACUCUUAUCUCCCAUUUCCACGAGCCCUGGUAGAGACCUCAGAAAUCUGCACAAAGUUCCCUGUGUCUGUCUAGAUCACAUUUAAACAAGUUUUGUCUUAAAAAAAAAAAAAAAAAGCUUUACUAAGUCUGGUGUUAACUCUUUUUUCUCCACUCUGGCUUAUUUGCAGAACCUAAAAAGCAGACCCAAGUUUCCUUUCUCCUCCGCCGCAAAGGAGAGGCUUCCCAGUCCCGCCAGUGAGAGGGUCGACUCUCUACCCUGUGCUCCGGGGAUCCUGUCUUGAUGACACUUACAGGGCAGGCAGAAAGCCUUUUGAGUUUGAGCAGCUUGGGUGUUUAUGGCACUGGGUAUGUGUGACCUCCCCCCACCUUAUGGGCAUGUGUGUGCCAGGCACUGGCUGGGAUGGGCCAGAGUAACCUAGUUGGCACAAAAAAGACUGGGAAACUAAGGCAGACAAACAACAGGAGUUACCAGUUCAGAGGGGAACUAUGAAAGGGAAAAGGACCAGACUUUCUAAACCUUUUAAUCCAAGAGGUGGUGGCCACCAUCUUGCAGACAAAACUACCCUUGCUGACAAGGCUUUAGGAGAUCCUGAAGUCUGUUGGCUGUGGGUCAUUAUUCAUGAUGCCUGCAUUUUACUAUAAGCCAAUAGCUCCGUGUCUAACAGAGGGCUAGCCAGGGCAACAGAAGCAGACCUGAUGUGUUUCCUGUAUCUGUCCUUGUGCUCACUUUACUAUGAAUUCUUUUGCACACAAUGUUUGUGAAAAGGCUUGGUCCUUUUCCAACAACACAUAUGCAAAAGCAAAAGAAGAAAGAAAACCCCAACACCUCACUUUAUGCUGUUUGUUGUUUGAUAGAUUUAUUUAAAAAAAAGAGAGAAAGUCUAUUACUAUAAGUCUUUAAAGAGAAAUAUGAUGAAUACAAUCCCCUGCCUCUACUCCCCUCGAAAGAGAAUUCAGCCAUUGAAAUGAUCAUUGCUGCUACAGAAGUGCUUUAAGAGAAUUGCCUGAAACAUCUGUAAAAUAUCAGCCACUUGCCAGUCACAGCUUUACUCUUUCAGGUCACUCUGGGGCUGCCUCUUGCAUGUACUGAUUCCUAAAUACAAGGAUCUUUCUCUCUCUUUUCUAAGAAACAAUUAUGUGCACUUUGAAUACACAACCUUCUCUUAACCAACUGUAUUGAGACCCAGAAACUGAAUAAAAAUGUUUUCUCAUACAGUGAGCAGAUUUUUCAGUCCUCUAAUCCUGUGACUUGUCUUGGUGUGCUAGCCUUAUACCUUCUCUUUGGUUUAGUUUCCCUUUUCUAUAACACUCUGAAUUGCUAAUCCUACUAACACCUCUGAUGUUACCUGAAAUCAAUCUCCCAUAUGUAUGCUGUAUGCUAAUAUAAGACUCCUGAAAUAUUCUUACUCUGUGCUUGUGUAUGUGAAUGUUAAUGCAACUAUUACCUAGAGUGAACUUUAAGCUUUAUUGUUGAAUGUAAUUCCAUUUUAUUUCCUUUUGUACACCUGUGAAAAAAGUGGAGUAGUGUUUUUUUAAUCAUUGUUUAUCAGCUUUUGUGUAUGAAAGACACAGUAAAAUUUCUCUUAAAUCAAGAUACUGGUGAUUCGAGGAAUUUUAUUUAUGGUCAGCCAAAAGCCAUGUCUUGCCAAGUCUCCUGCUGGCAAGGAAAUGGAUAAAGCUGUUUUUUCCUAGUAACAAUUCUGGAAUGAAUACUGAAAAUAUUCCUGGAGGGUAUGCAAGCACAAAUUUUACCAAUCUGACCUCUUUGAAGUUGCAGAAUGCUUUGAAAUUUUAAUGUGAUCUGGAAUGUUAGUUCAUAGAAAAUAAUAAAAUUUGCAGUCACCUUAAAUAAGACUUAUUAAUUUUGGUAUAUACAGUUUAGAUGUUUAAUUAUAUUAUCUAUUAAAAAGUUCAUAGACAAGAGGUAGGAUUCUGUUAUUUAAAAAUAGGCAUUAAGUCUCAAAAACCUGUCUUGUCUAUUUUUAGCUUUAUUCUCCCAUACUUUGAAGGGUGUGUAACUUCAGCUCUGCAGGAUUGCAUGGGGUAAACUUGUUUGCAACACAUGUGAACCAUUGCUACAUUGUAGGUUGUGAUCAUUUUGCCCCAUUGAAGCCCAUGUAUCUGACCUUACGUGCCUUUUGAACUAGGAGAAUCGGGCUAAUUUAUGAAUGAUGAUAAGUAUAAUGUACCUGUACAGCACUUUUUAAAUUUGCAAAGUGCUUUCCCAUCCAUGUUAGUUACUAGUUAUUACAGCUGUAAGGAUAAAACAAGUCAUGUGGAUUCAUUUUUAAUUGGUGCUAUUGGUAUUUCUUCUGUUAUUGCUAAUAAAUGGAACAUGGUGGUA